AUGAGCCUUUACUUUGUCCUCUGUCCUCUCUUUUCUCCUCCACAGCAAGGCGAAACGGCGCUCCUGAUGGCAGUGCGACUGGGCUACCUGAGGUUGGUGCAACUCCUCCUCAUUCAUGGUGCCAAUCCUCGCCUGGCCAACAACAAUGGAACCACUCCGUUGCAUAUCGCUAGCAAACAAGGCAAUGAUGAAAUAUACAACCUCCUUGUCAGCUUUGGCGCCGAUCGCUAUGCUCGAGACUCGCUUGGAGACACUCCACCCAUAAGGCAACGUUUUAUCUUGGUUCCACAAUCAGAAACAUCUCCAAACAUUCGUCAGGCCUUCACGCUGCUUGAGCUUGUUAGCAAAGAUCCAAAUCUGCAGUUGGUAGUUGAAAUAAACCUCGAAAAGCAGAACCUAUGUGCUGACCGAAUAUCGCCCAGCUAUUGGCUGAGAAUCGUCAAGGUCGCUGCUCACGUACGCGGCUGCUCCGAGCCGAUUGGCUGCACUACCACUUUGGUAGCAGAGAAAUCCAGACUUCUCGAGGUCGAGGACAACACGCCGAUUUACCCACGCCAGAGGGGAGAACUCUACGUCAUAUGCCAUCAAAUCCUCCGAAUUGAGAGUAAUCUUCAGUUGCAGCAACGAAACCAAACUCCUCGAGACUUAAACAUGCUAGCCGGCCAGAAUCGCUACUUCUCUCCAUCGCCGCUGCUGAAUCGUUCGCCCACACCGAGUUGUUUGUCACCACCGCAGCGCAGCUCCUCGCCACGUGGACAGGGGGAAGUGGCGGAGCGGAUGCGCUACCUGCGUUCACAAUCGACCUCGUCGCUGCGCAAUCAGACCUCCCUAAUUGCGUCUCUACGCGAAACUCGCUCCCGCGCCAUGCAAUCGCAACAGACUUACAACUUCAAUCUAUCUGCUCCGCGCGCCAACACCACUAGUCCCUUCAAUGGCCGACCACGAGCUAGGAAACGUCCAAACGUCCUCGCGAGGUUUAACAUCUCCAGUGAGGGCUCCAGCUCCAAUUCUUCCCCUCCUCUUCUAUCACAGCAAGUACCAUCACAACCACAGGCGUCAAAAUCGCCCUCACCGCAGAUGAAUGGAAGCCCAGGAGGGGAGAAAUCUAUAACAAGUGAUCGGCCACCCAUCGCCCCGAAGUACAUCAAAGAGGUGAAAUCAAAGUCGGGCGUUAUUAUGUGCUAUGAGCCCGGAUCCAUCCGCGAGAGCUAUCCCUAUGAAAAUCCCGAUGCUCUACCAGCAGUUCAGAAGGGGGAUGUGGAGAAGGCUACCGAAGCGCUAAGAUGGGGAGCGAACGUAGAGGCACGUGACUGCCAUGGCAACACACUUCUGUUGAUUGCCGCGGAGGCGGGUAAUUUGGAAAUGGUUAAGCUACUUCUCAAGUACCAAGCUGAUGUCGAAGCGAAGGAUCUGGAGCUCCUCGACUCACCUCUACAUCGAGCAGCGAGUGGUGGCUUUUACGAGAUUGUGGCAGCUCUUCUUAGCCACGGUGCAGACCCGAACGCUCGAAACUACGACAAGGAAACGCCACUUCACAAGGCAAUUCGUACAGACGGUGAGAAGUGUGUCAAACUGUUAAUUGCCACGAAAGCCAACGUGAAUGCGCAGGAUGCAUUUGGUAUUACACCUUUGGCUCUGGCUGCAUCUAAGGGCAACCUGUACGCGCUCCAAUUGCUGCUGCAUUACGGAGCAGACCCGAGACUGAGGGACUAUCGGGGAACGAGCCCACUUAAAUGCGCCUUUGAGGCAAAGCGGUAUGAUAUAAUUUCUGCGUUAUCGACCGCUGGAGCCGAUGUAGAAGAGACAUGCCUACGUGGGCGCACAAUGCUACACGAAGCAGCGGCCAUGGGAGAUGCAACGAUGGUGCGAGUGCUGAUUGAGGUGGGAUUGCCGGUGAGCGCAACGGAUGAUCGGGGCAAUACGCCACUUCAUUUAGCUUGCAAACAUGGCCAAUAUGAUGCUGCUGAAUUGCUCCUUGAGGCCUACGCUCCGCUGCAUAAGAGAAAUGAGGCCGGAGAAACAGUACGUGAUCUGGCCGAGAAUUCGGGCAAUGCUGCACUCACCAUCGUUGACUUUCGCGAUCCAAAUGGUCAUGCUGACCUCUGGACCGCCAACAAAAGCAACAAGACUUUCCAAGAAUAUUAUUUAACGCAAUUGGAAUACUCCCUUACUCGUGUUGAUUUAAAACCAGAUGAAAAACCGGGGUUGAUUGAAAUUAUUUAUCGGUCUGAUCCCCGCCGUCGUCACAGACUCGUCCACGAUGGUGGGCACAUUGAAGUAAAAGUGGCAGUUUCUGUCAGGGACAUAGCAGCUCGGGGUCUCAGAGGUGGUCUCGCCUUUGAAAGCGAAAUUUCAUUCCACAAAUUGACCAUCCUCCAUCCUGACUCAAAGCUCGGCGUUGGUGUUCUGCUAUUUUCUAAUCUUAGCCUCUCGCCCACCGGUGAUUUCCUUGAGACUACUCAUUUGGUACCAUCAUUGUCGCCCUCUAGUGAAAAUGCACCAAAGAGGGUUUCUUACGUCCACCUGGAAAGUGAAAGCUUGAAGUCCGUAUUUCCAGGGGCUGAAAUAACCACAUCCCUCGAGGCUUUAAGACAGCCCUCACUCACUCGCACUCCUGUCCUCUUUCGCCCGAGUCCUGUGGCUCACUUGAAGUCCGGGGAGGGGGGUAGCAAACCCAUACUCGUGUUGGCGGGCCCGCGCUUACCCCUUGAAAAAUCCAGUCAACGACGUCGACUGCAUCACUCACUGGCCAAGGCACUCUACGGCGUGGACUACGAGCAGUCCUACCAGAAGACCCGCAGUGGUAAAUGGAAGCACAAGCCUAUCGGCAUUCGCUUGCAGCACUUUGCGUUCUCAGUUCCUGGCCAACAGAUGGCCGACCAUGGGGCCUGGUCGAUGACUCUGACAGUGGACGUUGAGGAGAAGCCCGAUCUCGCGACUGCGGCUCAGUCGAACCAAACAGCACAGGGGCUCUACUAUUGGAGUCUCUUUUUAAUUAACUGGAUAUCGUCGCUCCAUGUGUAG